UUAGAUAUACAAUGCACACGAAGAUUUUGAAUUCAAGGCAGAUCAUAAUAUCAGGUUUGAUCUGUUGACUACGAUGUACAAUGCCAAGUUUAGAUCGAUUUGGUUUUAAAAUUUAAAGAAAGUAAGUGUAAGUUGUAACUGGAAGCACCGAUGUUUCAACAACGUUCACUCUCACGAUACUUUUGCUGGAUAUUGAUGGCCAUUAGUCUCGCAACACAUGUGGUCCUCGUGAAUGGAAAAACAAGGCUCGGAAGGUUAAAAGAAAGCAGGCUUUUAGCUGUACGUGGACAAAUCUUGACCAAACUUGGGCUAACUGCUCCUCCAAUCGACAAGACACAACGCAACACGAAUAAAGAAGACUUAGAAGCGUAUCAAGCUGUUGUUGAAGAGAGCGAAAAACAACAUGGCCAGGAAUUCGAGUGCACACGACAUCUGGAUAGGAGUAAUUAUUUUGCAAAAAGAGUCGUACGGCUUCCUUUGGCCACAAGAUUUGGACGAACAAUUCAAUUCACUGAUGCGACUACAAAUAAACUAUGGAUCGCAGAUGUCAAUACCCUGACAUUCAACACCGAUCAACUAAAUGGCGAAAGUCAUAUCGAACGUGCUGAGCUGCGCCUUAAACCAGAGUCCCUCUCAACCAUCACUCCCCCAGGAUCCAAUCUGGAAAUCUGUUUAAAUGCACAACCGCAGCUAUCACGAGAAUCCAACGACACACUCUUCAGGGAAUGCUCACAAGUUCUUCAUUCCAGGUUCGUUACUGCACACGAAAAUGCCUUGAUUAGCAUUGUUAUUACCUGUAUUAUAAAAGAUUGGAUCUUCAGGUCUGUGUCCAAUAAUGGCAUCAAAAUCAUCCUCAAAAACCAGGAUACAGAGAAAGAAGGUAAGAGUAGAGAUGAAUCCUUGGGGUCGGGUCCCUUCGUCCUGGUUUGGUACAUCCCAAAUGAUAGGUACGAAAUCGAGAAGCGAAGGCGAAAGCGUAGAGCGUUAGAUUCUGCGUUCUGUAACAAGCGUCCUAAAGAAAAACGUUGCUGCCUUCGACCACUAUAUAUUGAUUUCCAACGGGACUUACGAUGGAACUGGAUUCACGCCCCUCUUGGUUUCCAUGCCAACUACUGCAAGGGCAAGUGCCCCUUUAUGUGGAGUAUGAACAACCAGACCCACCAUACGUCAAUCAUGGCUUUGUUCAACUCACUCAAUCCCGACGCCCCUAGCGAGCCCUGUUGCGUCGCGCAAUCGUACAAACCACUGGUGAUUUUAUAUUACGACAAGGGGAAGCCUAAGAUUGAAGAACUUAGUAACAUGGUGGUGUCAUCUUGUACUUGUAUCUAAACGUAACAAAUUAAAAAAAGGCAGGCACACAGAAAACCCAAUCUGUAGCGUUAAAUCUUGAUUAGCGACAGCCUUGUGACCCAUUGUAAACAUAACUUUUGCUGGAAUAUAUUCCUCGUCCAGGUUUAAGCACAAACAAAUGGCGGAUAUCAUAUAGACAAUACAAUACAAUGCAAUACUUACCUACUAGUCUGACAAUGCAUUUGAUUGACAUAACUAAGCCUGCAUUUUGAGUCUUAUACAAAUGACAAGACCCUAUGUAAUUCCUCUAACAGAAAAGGUAAGAUUUUACGAGUGCACUGAACAUUUUAUAGUUCUGUUGAUAACAAAUCUGUAGCUCUCGUUCUAUAUUCAUAUAAAUGAUUUG